GAAGGGACGCGAGAGCCCAGGCCCCGGGGACGGGACGGCAACGAGAACCGGGAGCUCAGAGGGAAGGAGGGGACGCGGGAGCCACCCCUCAGCGCAGCACCCACGACCCGCCUCCAUCAGCCCCAUGUGCCACUGGGGGCGCUGGCGCUCACGCUCCGGCGGGCACUGUCGGAGGUAAAGCCCGAGCUGGCGUCUUCUGCCUCCCCACCGGGACGGGCGCGGUGAGAGAUCCCCACCCGCUCCGCACUCGGAGGUGUGGGGUGCCGCGCUAGCGACGUGCGGCCCGGGAGCUCCGCCCGCGGGCCGCGUCAGGUGCAAACGGGGCUGCCCACCCCCUUCCUGGCGGCUGGCGGGUGAUCGCACAUCGCUCCCCAGAGCACGCACACCACACCAGGCACACACCCCGCGGGCCAGCCCCUCUGCACCUGGGGGCACAGGGUCUCCCGGGGCCUUUCCUUCCCGCGGCACGGCGGGAGAGGCCGGUGCUGCACCGCCUGUGCUCUGGAGAGGCGGAAAUCCAUCGCGGGGUUUGCGGGGAGCUGAAGGAGCGCCAGCGACCUGCCGGCGAGGAGGAUUUUUGGCUUCUUGGAGAAACAAUAGAAAAUGCAAAACGAAAUAAUAAAGCCUGCUAAAUACUUCUCAGAAGUGGAGAAGAGUGUGCUGCUUGCAUUAGUUGAAAAAUACAAAUAUGUGCUUGAGUGUAAAAAAAGUGAUGCAAGAACUAUUGCUCUGAAGCAACGUACCUGGCAAGCACUAGCUCAUGAAUAUAAUUCGCAGCCCAGUGUAUCACUGCGAGACUUCAAACAGUUAAAGAAAUGCUGGGAAAAUAUCAAGGCACGGACAAAAAAGAUAAUGGCACAUGAAAGGCGGGAGAAGGUAAAAAGAAGUGUUAGUCCACUUAUAAGUUCUCACAUCAUAGGGAAAGAGAAGAUUGCCAGCAUAAUGCCUGAGCAAAUGUACUUUUUGCAGAGCCCACCAGAAGAUUCUGAAUAUCAGCCUGAUGCUUCUAGUCAAGGACUUUUAGAAUACGUAGAGCCGUAUUUCACACUGCAGUCCACAUUGGAGAAUGGCCUUUCUACAAAAGAGUCAUUUGUUGUCUCAAAUAGAGAACUUUGUGAUGAAGACAAAGAGCUGGUACAUUUCCCAGUAUGUGAAGGUACCUCCCAAUCUGAGCCUUCGUGUUCUGAUGUCAGAAUAGCAGCAGAUAAGAACUACAGAAGUAAAGCAUCUCAGGAAAGUGCUCUGAAAAAGAUGCAUGAGGAAGAACAUCAUCAGCAAAUGUCAAUUUUGCAACUACAGUUAAUCCAAAUGAAUGAAGUUCAUGUGGCAAAAAUACAGCAAAUAGAAAGAGAGUGUGAGAUGGCUGAAGAAGAACACAGGAUAAAAAUGGAAGUGCUAAAUAAAAAGAAAAUGUAUUGGGAGAGAAAACUGCAGACCAUCACAAAAGAAUGGCCUGUAUCAUCUUUUAACAGACCCUUUCCUAAUUCACCUUAGAACAUAGGCAGAGUCAGUCUGAUUGAGCACAUUAAUGAGUAAUGCACACUGGAAAGAGGGUUUUUUAAUGUGAAUGUACAGUGAGUGACAGGAUAGCUGCCUGGCUGAUAGUGAGCACACUUUGACUCUUAAUGUUUAGAGAAACAGUGGUAGAGUCCACCAAGGGGAAAACUAAAUUGUUCAUUUGUAGGUAGUUCUGAUUUGUUUAACUGUCAGACAUGCACAGUGUUCUAAAAUGUCAACAGAUUUUCCCCUCUCAGAAUACCAUAACAUACUUUUGAAAUUUAAGGUACUCUAGGUAUGCUUACGUUGGGUGUUCCUGAGAAAAUGUAACAGCUUUAAACAUGAGGUUAUAAUGUUUAUUUUGUUUUCUAUCUCUUCCUGUCUACCAUUUCCCAAACAAAGACAAAGGUUGGAGUUGCUCUCUGCUAUUGAGACAAAAGAUGAUUGACAGAUAUUGGCUGGAUUGUUAUGCUGGGGCUUAGGAAAAAAAAAAACAACAAACUAGUUAAUACACUUCAUAACUUAUUCUUCCUAGAAGAUGUGAAAAUGAAGUAAGUAGCAAAAGGACCACUGAGCUCUUUGCUUAUGAAGAACAGUAGAUUUUCGAUCUGGCUGGCUGAUUGAGAGAAUGGUUGUAGACUGGCCCUCCAGCCUUGACCCGUAAGAAGUUGGAAAGAAGGUGACUUCUUCCUCAGAAGCCAUUGUGCUUGUCCUUUCUUUUCCAGGCCCAUCCUGUAUUCAAGUAGAAUACCAAACUAGGAGUCUCCUGCUGCUGCUAGUGCUGUGUGCUUUCCACCUGGAGUCAUUCUGAGAACAAGAGCUUUUUAACAAUUCAUAAAGCUCUUCAAAUGUAGUGAACCAGCCAGUCCAUUGACAAAGUCUCCCUCUGUCUCCCUUUGCAGUACUUGGUGGCAUAGCAGCUUCCUUGAGUAUUCCAACCUCUCUCUAGCU